AUGAAGGCCAUUUACGGUGUCCCCGUGGUUGCGGCUCUUGUAUACCGCGCCUGGUCUAAAAAAUCGCUUACUCCACUUGGUCUUGUCGUCGCGGGGUUGUCAGCCACCGCUCACGCCUUGCACCCGUGGUCAACCCCGUUUGCACUACUCGCUGUCUUCUAUUUUGGGGGAACAAAGGCGACCAAGGUUAAACAUGAUAUCAAGGCGCGCCUGACACUCUCCUCGACCGGUACAGAUGGCGGCGAAGGUGCCCGGAACCACAUCCAGGUACUGGCCAACUCCGUCGUGGCUACCGUUCUGAGUAUCGCACAUGCAUGCGUUCUGUCUAAGGCCCCUUCUACCGAUUCGUGUUUCUCUUUUGGCAACAGUGCUGCGGAUAUCCUGAUGGUCGGGAUUGUCGCGAACUACGCCGUCGUCGCUGCCGAUACCUUCUCCUCUGAGCUGGGCAUCCUCUCCAAAUCCAAACCCCGUCUGAUUACCUCGCUCAACCUGCGUGAAGUGCCGCCAGGCACAAACGGCGGCGUGACAGCGACCGGGCUCGGCGCUGGUCUACUGGGAUCCUUCACUAUCGCCCUCACAUCUGCCAUCUCCCUACCUUUCUGCGCCGAGCGAUCGGGAUUCCGGGAUCGUGCGCUAUGGGUCGUUGCGAUCUCAUGCUGGGGUCUGAUGGGAAGUGUGCUGGAUAGUGUCCUCGGUGGACUGCUGCAGGCUAGUGUGGUUGACAAGCGAAGUGGAAAGAUUGUAGAAGGAAAUGGCGGUAGAAAGGUUCUUGUUCAUCCCGGAUCGACGCAACCGAGUGGCAUUUCAGCACAACAUGCUCCGUCUGGUGAGUCAACUGGUAGCUCUCAGCUCAAGGAGUUGGAGACUGUGGCGAACACGACAUCUCUGCGUGGUACACGUGCCACGGGUACGUCCGCGGGCGCGCAGCCCGGACAUGAGGAUAGUCAUGAGAGCCGACGUAUUGAGAGUGGACAUGAUUGGUUGGAUAAUAAUGGGGUGAAUCUUCUUAUGGCUGUGCUGAUGAGCGUGGGUGCAAUGGGCAUCGCGCAAUGGACUUGGGGAGUUGAUAUACAAGAUUUAUUUGUUUAG